AUGUCUCACAGGACUGUUUGUAGGUGGGUAGGUAAAUUUAGUGCUGGGCAGCAGCAACUGAAAGAUGCUGCUCACCCAGGUCGUCCUGCAACAACUACGACCAAAGGUAACAUAGAAAAAAUCCGGAAUAUCCUCAAAACUGAUGCUCGAUUCACCAAUAUACGUGUGGUCAUUCCCGAAUCGGAAACCGAAGAUUGUCACUUCUUGGAACUGGACGAAGAAGAAAAAACAGAACAGACACUAGAGGAGGAGGAGGAGGAGGCAGAAAGUGAAGUUACUACCAAUGGAUCCCCGGUGAUGGAAAAUACCAACACCACAGACGAGAAGGCGUGUUUAUAUGGCGAUGACGAACCUGUUAUGACAGAUGAAGUGAAGACUACUGUGGAGUCCUGGUGUGGCGCCCGUAAGAUACGUCAUUUGACCCGGAAGGCCCAGUGUCAAGAUGUCCCCCAGGACGGAAGUCAACAAGAUGAAGACUUGGAAGAGACCGAAUCAGGCACACUUGUCCGUAGAAAGAGGUCUUGGUUUUGGGGAAGAUGCCGUUAUCACUGUUACUGGAUCAGUAGAAGAGUGAGGAGUUGCUGGUAUGGUCCAUCCCGAUUCUUCUAUUGGCGGAUUAGGUACUUUUUGAUAAGUACGCACUACUAUUGCAUAUGUGGAAGAAACUGUGGAGUUAACAUUGUGUCAAUAUUUCAAUCCUUUAAAAAAAAGGGAUAAGAUAUCAUUAAAAUA